CAAAACGUAAAUAAAAGUUGAUAAUAGUUUUUUGACAACACAGUUCUAAUUUUGAUGUGUUUCUCGGAUAAUAUUUUAAUUGAAAACUCUUAAUUAUACUUUACUAAAAUGGCUAAGAGUAUCAGAAGUAAACGUAUGCGUAAACUUCGAGCUUUCAAACGAAUACGUUAUGGUGAAAAAGAACUUGCCCGGUUGAAAAAUAUGGUCGAGAAAGCAGCUGAAGAAGAAAGGCAGGAUGCCGAAGCUGCUGCACAGUCAGAAUCCGUUCAAAAUUCUGACGCCGGAGUUGCCUCAUCAACGAUGGACGUAGAUAAGGAAAAUGUUGAAUCCAAAGUUACCAAACCUUCGAAAUAUCCGUGCUGGCUUUCACACUUCAAGAUCAAGAAAUUAGCGAAAAUGGAUCGUAAAUGUAAACGCAAGGAAGCUAAAAGAUUAAAAAAGGAACAAAAGAAAACGUUGAAGCAGGGUAAAAAGAAGGGUAAAGGUAAAAAAUGAAUUGUGAUUUGUAAUUAAAUAAUAAAUAAUUUUUAUAAUUA